GCCGUGAUCUGGACUGAGGCGGAUGAGACCAGAAACCUUUGUUCUGUGUCUCCUCCUGCAGCGAGAUUUAAAAACAAGAAGCCCGUCAAUGCUUUCUGCCAAAUUGUGCUCGCGUUUUUUCUGUGUGGGUUGGCGAUCGCUCGUGUGCGUUUUAAUCAGCGCAUAAAUUAUCGGAAGUCAUUCGUUAGUUUUUUUGUAAUAUAUAUAUAUAUUUUUUUUCUCCGAUCGCCACAACCCGAGGGCGACAUCUGCUCGUUUUGUUUUCUGUCAGCUGCUAAAUGGAAGGGGGAACUGAAAGUGGAAGCAGUCGAGGUAAUGAUCUUCCACUCCACUAUCUACGGCUCCUGGCCCCGCCCUUGCAGCUGUUAUCAGCCGCAGUCUGGCAAGUAGUGCAGCAGGGACUUGUGGACCACUACGGGAUGCUGGAGGAGUUUGUUACCAUGGUGACGGAAGUGGUCCCAGAGCUGAUGAGCUACAGUCAGAGGGCUCAGCUCAUCCUGGGACUCAGGGCCAGGCUGGUUCUGGAGAUGUGUCGAGGUGAGCACACGGUGGACAUGCAGACCAUUCAGCCACAUCUGGACAGAAUCAAAGCUCCCGUCAGCACAGCCACCGAUCACCAUGUGACAAUAAACCAGGUGGAGGAAUCAGAGGUCAACUUUGUGGAGCUGGUGCAUUCACUACUGGAGGAUACCUCGGAAAGGAAAUACUUUUUCCAAGAAAUAUUCCCUGUGUAUUUUGGUCCAAAGUAUGAUGCUGCACUUGAGAUGCUGGUGUGGGAGUUCAUAUCAAGACUGGAGGAGCUGCUGCCAGUUCCAGACUUCACACAGUUGGCAGGAUUGCUUGGCGACACUCCGUCAUUCCUAGACCAAUGUCUACAAUCCUUUUUCCCGCCAGAGGACAUGAAGGGUGUACUUGAACAUCACAGAAACCUCGGCCAUUUUGAAGAAAAAGAUCCUAGAUUAUUACCAAUGGAUGACUGCAUCCUCUCCUCCCUGUCUCUGCCUCCUGGGACAAAACCUGUCACCAACGGCACCUCAUAUUCGCCUGCUCUCAGAGACUCAAACCCUCCAGAGCAAAAAGGACCUCUUGACGCUUUCUUCAACACAAGCAGCCUUCAGAGGACGCUCCGGAGGAGCUCUGAGACAGUGAGACAGAGACUGGAGGAGACGAGGGACUCGGGCAGCUGGCAGCUGCAGGUUAGAGACGAGAAAGACUCACUUAGAGCACAACCAUGCGACAUGACCAUAGACCUCACCACGCCGAACGCGACUGCGGACACGGCAGCAGCCAAUGACAACAGCCAAAGCUUGAGAGGGGGGCGGGUCCUCAGGAAGAGGAAGCUGAACGGAGGCGUGGACAUUCCCGCCAAACAGCCUGCAGACGCGACUGCUUUCUUGGAUUCGUCAAUGGAUGAUGAGAAUUCAGGUGAAUCUCCUCUUAUCUCAAUAUGGGGAGAAUAUACAGACUCUCAGGAAGGUUCUUUCCCAGUUGUGACGGACACAAAGGUCCCCUGGUCGGACGAGGAGACACUCAAUCUGCUCGACAUCUGGGGGAAGGACUCGGUGCAGCGAGCGCUGAAGGGCUGCUUGAAAAACCGUCACAUAUUCACGCAGAUUGCUCAGAAGAUGGCGGAGCGAGGCUACCUGAGAACUGUGGAACAGUGCCAGACCAGGAUCAAACGACUGAAGAAAUGCUUCCGCAAGAACAACAAAAGGAACUCCAAACUGGAGUAUAAAUUCUACGAGCAGCUGAAGCGGGUACUCGGCUCCUCGGCUGUUCCUGAGGUCACCUACGAUGUGGAAGAGGUUAUCGAUGAAGAUGAGUCACAAGACGGCGAUGAGGACUUGCAGUUUCUCGGCCAUUCGAACCAACUGGGAAUCGGAACUAGAAGCGUUCCUUGGACAGACAUUGAGACGCUGGCCCUCAUCAACACGUGGGGGGAAGACCAGAUGCAACAGGAGCUGAGGGGAAUGCACAGGAACGGACACAUAUUCUCCAUCAUAUCCAACAACAUGGCCGCACAGGGCUUCACCCGAACGCCAGAGCAGUGCCAAACACGGCUGAAGAGGCUGAAAUCCAAUUUCAGGCAAUGCUACCAAAACAACUUGAGGGGACAGGAGCAAGUUGAGUGCAAGUUUUACAAUGAACUGGGAAGCCUUUUAGUGAAGGACUUUGCUGCGGUGCCAGAGAUGGAGGAAAUACCAGGAGAGCCUGAAGACAACGAUUCACCGCCUUUUUCCCAUCAGGAUAACGAAUCUGCUGUGGGCGUUCAGGAGGAACGGAAGAAAGUCCCCUGGUCGGACAAAGAGACCAUCAUCCUUCUAGAGAUCUGGGGAGACCCUCAGGUCCAGCAGAGCAUGAGGCGCACCCCACACAACGGUCACAUUUUCACCGAAAUAUCGGAGAAACUCGCGCGCGACGGCUUCUCCCGCAGCUCGGGGCAGUGCCACACCAGGAUCAAACGCCUGAAAGCCAACUAUCGGCAUUGUCAGGAGACCCUGAACUCGUCGGGCACAGUCGACUUUAAAUUCUACGACCUGCUGGAACAAAUCCUGGACAAGCAGCCGUGCACCUCCUCCACUCUGGUGACGGACUCCAUUGAAAUAUCAGAAGACUCCAACGGCGGAUCGGUGACUGAGACAGAUGGAGAAAUCAGCGCGUCGGCAGAGAAACCGGCCAGUAGCUCUUGGUCUGAUGAGGAGACCCUGGCGCUCAUCGAGAUCUGGGGCGACGAAGACGUUCAGACGGCGCUGAGGGGCUUCGUCCACAACGGACACAUUUACGCCGACAUCUCGCAGAGGAUGAGCGACCUCGGCUACUCCAAGUCCUCCGAGCAGUGCCGCUGGAAAGUCAAGUCGCUGAGGAACAACUUCCGACAGUGCUACGACAAGAAGAAAUGCGGAAGGAGAGUGGAUUACAGGUUCUACCACCAGCUGGAGCAAAUACUCGGCGAGGAGGCAGUUUCUAUCGAUGAGUACGAUGAAAAAGACGAACAAGCGGACCAGGAACCAGGUGCGGAUGUGAACGCGCCGUGGACGGAGCAGGAGACGGCCGCUCUGGUUGAAGUGUGGGCCGCGGACGAGGUGCAGCGCAGCCUGAAAACCUGCGUCCGCAACGGGCACAUAUUUAUCGACAUCUCGGAGAAGAUGGCCUCCAUAGGGUACCUGAGGUCGGCGGAGCAGUGCCACUCCCGGAUCAAAAGGUUGAAGAAGAGUUACCGGCGCUACUGCAACAGCUGGAGAAGUGGAGCCCGGCCCGCCGUGUUUCGAUACUUCCACCUCCUGGCCCCGGUGCUUGGGGAUGAGUCCGUGUGCCAUGAGGUGGACGGUGCUGCUGCGGACGCCACCUUGCUACCCCUCACGGACAAGGAUGCAGACAUGUACGAGCAGCCGUCAUCCAGCCACCUCCUGGCUGACCAGAGCAGAAAGAUGCCCUGGUCCGAGCAGGAGACACGCACCUUGCUGGACAUCUGGGGCGAGGACAGCGUCCAGCUCACCCUGAAGGGCUGCCUGAAGAACCGCCACGUAUUUCAGUACAUCUCUGAGAAGAUGAGUGACGCGGGAUUUAUAAGGACCUCAGAGCAGUGCUACACACGCAUCAAACGCCUUAAACACGGCUACCUCCAUGAAAAGGAGGACCAUAAAUUCUUCAAUGAGAUGAAUGAUAUCUUCGGGAGGGAGCUGAAAGUGGACGAGUUGAUCCAGGACACGUCGGUAGCAGACGAGCCAGAUGACUGCAACCAAACAAAAGUGACCUCAGGUACCCAGUGGACGGCGGACAGUUCGAAGCAGGCCUGGAGCGACCGGGAGACGCAGGUCCUGCUGGACGUCUGGGGGAGCGAGGAGAUCCAGGAGACCUUGAAAGGGUGCACGAAGAACAAGCACAUCUUCAUCCAGAUCUCCGAGGUCAUGGCGAGCCAGGGCUACCUGCGCACUCCGGAACAGUGUCAGACCAGAAUAAAGAGGCUCCGGGCCAAUUUCCGACACUUCCUAGAAGGCAGGAAGGGAGAGAAACAGGAAUGCAAGUUCUUUGAGCAGUUGGUGCAGAUAUUUGGCAACAAGUACGGAGUGAACUCGGACCCGCUGGCCGACGACGCGGCCGAAGGCGAGGAUCUGGAGGCCUGAAACUGCCCGUCCUCGUAGUGUCAAAUCACGCUGCAGAGCCACCAAGGGACAUUUGGAAGAUCCGGACGUGGUGAAGGGAAAAACAAGGACACUGUUGAAAUAAAAAGCUAUGAGUUCGCAGUUGUUUACAAAUGAAAUUUGCCUCUGUACUUGUUUCAAAUACUUUUUCAUAUUUUCACACACACAGGCUGUAGUGUGUGUGUGUGUGUUUGUGUGUCUGUACGUCUGUCCUCCAGAGUGUCUUUGUAUUAUUUACAAUAGAGCCAUGAAACUAAAACCAGGAAGCUCAGGGCUCGAGGGAAAACCAAUUGUUUCUGAUCUUGAUAUAUAGAGGGAGUCACAGAAAAUACUGUUUUUACUGUAUUUAUUUAUUUUGUACUAAAAGUGUGGGUCAAAGCACACGCACAAAGAAGGAAAUAUACGCGAGGCCUCUUGUACUGUAACCACAGCGUACAUUUGCUUUUAGGUUGUGAUUUAGGGUUCAUAUGUUUAACCAUCGUCUUUGCACUUGUUUUAAAAUGUUUGAAUCUGAGUGGUGUAAGUUGAAUUCAUGAAACCAAUUCUUAUUUUUUACACUGUAUGAGUUGAUCUUACCCUGGAUAAUAUUUAUGUAAAUUAUUGUUUAAGCAUGUGUUCCAAAGUUUUACAAUUUAUUUCAAAUAUGUUAAGCUUCUUUUCUUAUUAAAGCACAUUUUUUUCCACAAA